GCUGUUUCACAAGCGUGCGCAAAAUAUUUGUCAUUAUCAUUAACGCCAGAGUAUUAAAUGUUAUCGGCUGUUGAAAAUUUUGGCCCGUUGGUCGGACCGGCUGUCGCACUCUCACACCAUCCCCAUGCCGUGACGCAUCACCUGCAAGCCCAACACCAUCAGCAUCCCGCUCAGUGUGGCUAUGCGCUGGACAUAGUUUCCGGUAGUUGUGCCGAUGCGACGGUGCGCUUUUCGCCAACGACGACGUCAGCAGCUGUUGCCGGCGGCGGCGGCGCCACCAUUAUCACCACCCAAGCACCACUCACACACACGCAGUUAACCCAAUUGAAUGCAUUACAAGCGCUCAAGUUACAACAACAAAUUCAACAACAGUACGAGCAGCAUUUGAGUACGUUUCUCAACGCCUCCUCACAGUCUUCCCCAAUAGCUGGGCUGACGGUGCUGCCGCACCGCCCCCAACCUCAGGUAGCAGCGCUUAGUGAAGCGAACGCCUCAUUGACGCAUAAGCAACAGCAACAGCAACAACAACAACACCAGCAGCAGCAGCAGCACUACCACUUACAACAACAACAGCAUCAUCAGCAACAACAAAUAAGAGAACAACAGUCACUCAGCGUUAAUUUGACGCGCUGCUCAAACGCGCCUAAAUAUAUGAAUUCGCCGCACGAUACCUCAGCAAUGAUGCCGCUAGCGGAGUUCACCCCACCACCAAAGCCAAACAAGCAUGAGCUACACACACGCACGCUUGAAAAUGGCCAAUCUGGUCCCAUGAAUCUGGUCACAAAUGCGAGUAAUGCCUAUGCGAGCAAUACAAGUUACCAACCGUUAGCGGCUAACAACAACAGCAGCAAUAACAGCAGCAACACCGCAUCCAUCGACAACAGUCGACCGUCAUCCUCCUCCUCCUCUGUGGAUGUGGAGAAUGAUGAGAGCAUGUCACCGGUCAGUAAUAGUUCCGCGCACGUCAGUCGCAAAGCUUUAGAUCACACUGCCUUAAUCGCCAGCGGCGGCGGCACAGCCACCAAACAGCCCGCCUACAGUGAAACCAGCGCAUCCUCAGCGGCUGCGGCCGUGGUAGCCGCUUACCAAUACAACUAUUCUCAACUCUACGGCGCUGGUCGUCCAGCUGGUCUCUACAAUGCACCCGUCAUUUUUGCAACGCACAAUCCGCACGUCUCACAACAUAUAGUGCAGCAGCAUCCAAGUGCCGUACAUGGCGCCACACAUGUGCCACCUGGCUACCUCGGCGCGCUGAGCACGCACUCACCAACGGUUUCGCCAGGCGAGGGUGGAGUCUACCCCGCCGAAUACUUGAAAGCGCUACAAAACGCGGUGGCCGCUGGUGUAUUUCAAGCGCCGCCACCCCAUACAACGCCCGUCUUCCAGACCUCGCCGCUAGCCAAUAGCAAUUCAAGUGCGUCGGCCGGUAUAGCUAAAUCGCGAUUACGCAGCCCCGCUGCUACAGGUACAAUUGGAGCACAGGCGCCGGUCACCUCGCCGCCGCCGCCGUCGAGAGGCGAGCAGCGAACAGCGACAACGACACAGCUCUCGACGGGCACUUAUUUGUAUGAGAAGGCGAAAAGGACGCCACCCGAUAUGCCAUCGGAUACAGAGAAAUUCUUCAAAAUACCCAGCGGCAAAGAAGGAUCACUGAAGCAUCGCAUACUGACGCGGCCAACGGGCGUUGACAAGAACGCGACGACGAUGACAAUGGUGACCACAACGGAUGCUGCGAAGCCACCUGUUAUGCGCACACACAAUUCGACAUCAAGUUUCAAGAAGGGUUCAUAUAUUGAGCUCGCGAAUGGCUCGCUACGUCGUGUGGAGGAUAUGCGCACCGAAGAUUUUAUACAAUGCGCCGAACGCAGUCCCCACCAUCAGUUAAUCGAGUCCACUGUUGUUAAAAUCAGCAACAACCAAGCGGCGAAUACCGUUGUCAUAGCAUUUAGUUACGAUCGGAAUCAAUCGAAGGUAAGAUUUUUGCUUUUCGAGUGAGUAAAAUAUUUUAUCAAAAACCGAUGAAAAGCAAAUGACGGCGGAUAAAAGGGAAUACAUACAAGGCGGGUAGUGAGGACCCAGGAAGCUAGGUUUUCACAAAAAUCCAUUUACCUUUCGAGCCGCGUAAAACUAUGGAUCCCCCAAUUGUGCAAUAAAAACAAGAAGCACAACUUUCUUCCAUCA